UCCUCCACUCACUCACCCAACCCUUUCCCCUAUCUCCAUCCAUCUUCUUCUUCCUUUGGACGAAGCUUUUUCGGAAGGGAGAAAAUGGCGGCUGCUUCUUCAUUCACCCUCUCUAACCACACGGCAUUCCACUCUCUGCCCCACAAACCAUCUCCGAGAUCCGUUUUCUCAAAGACCCAGUUCUCUUUCGCCGCCAAAUCUUUGGAAUCCCAGUUCUAUGGCCUGAGAUUACCCCACCCUUCAUCUCUCUCCUCUCCUUCUCCUGUGAAAAGCUCAAUCCUUGCCAAGGUGAGCCAGGGACAGGUUGCACCAGACUUCACCUUGAAGGAUCAGAACGGAAAACCGGUGAGCCUGAAGAAGUUCAGAGGGAAGCCGGUCGUCGUCUAUUUCUACCCUGCUGACGAGACACCUGGCUGCACCAAGCAGGCUUGUGCUUUCAGGGACUCUUAUGAGAAAUUCAAGAAAGCCGGUGCUGAGGUGAUUGGGAUCAGCGGUGAUGACACUGCAUCUCAUAAGGCUUUUGCGAGCAAAUACAAAUUACCAUACACAUUGUUGAGCGACGAAGGGAACAAAGUGAGGAAAGGAUGGGGGAUACCGGGAGAUUUUUUCGGAUCGUUGCCGGGGAGACAGACUUACGUUCUCGACAAGAACGGGGUCGUCCAGCUCAUCUACAACAACCAGUUCCAACCCGAGAAACAUAUCGACGAGACUUUGAAGUUCCUGAAAUCUGCCUGAGAGAUUGAUUCUCUGUCUAUGUACGUUUUUCAGACAUCAGUGAACAAGUGGAGAGCUUUCUGAGAUACUCUUGCUGUAGUUGUCACUAAACCGGGUUUGGUUCUGCUUGUGCUGAAUUGUUAGAUUUGCAAACCGGAUAAUCCGGUAUCUAGUUUAAACCAAACUUAACCAAAAAGAAAUACUUGAAACGUUUA